GAAAGGUACCGGUGUACUAGAUGCGCUGGUACGCAGCAUAAUCAUGACAGAUACAGUCGUGCUAUUUUCGGUAUUCUUUGCCGCAUUCACCGUUGAUGCUACCGUUUACUUCAAAGAACAGUUUCUAGAUGGAGACGCCUGGAGUAGCCGUUGGUUGGAAUCCCAGCACAAAUCGGACUACGGGAAAUGGAAGCUGACCGCUGGAAAUUUCUACGGGGACGCCGAGAAGGACAAAGGCCUCCAGACCAGCCAGGACGCCCGUUUCUACGCGCUGUCGGCCCGCUUCGAGCCCUUCAGUAACGCGGGGAAGCCGCUGGUGAUCCAGUUCACCGUGAAGCACGAGCAGAAGAUUGACUGUGGUGGCGGCUACGUGAAGGUGUUCCCCGCCGACCUGGACCAGGCCCAGAUGCACGGAGACUCGGAGUACUACAUCAUGUUCGGGCCUGAUAUCUGUGGCUACAGCACAAAGAAGGUCCAUGUGAUCUUCAACUACAAAGGGAAGAACCACCUCAUCAAGAAGGAUGUUAAAUGCAAGGACGAUGAGCUGACGCACCUCUACACGCUGGUCCUGCUGCCAGACCAGACCUACGAGGUGAGGAUUGACGGGGAGAAGGUGGAGUCGGGCAGCCUGGAGGAGGACUGGGACAUUCUGCCCCCGAAAAAGAUCAAGGACCCGGACGCCACCAAGCCCAAGGACUGGGACGAGAGGGAGAAGGUGGAUGACCCCGAGGACAAGAAGCCGGAGGAUUGGGUGAAGCCAGAGAACAUUCCGGAUCCCGACGCCAAGAAGCCAGAUGACUGGGAAGAGGACAUGGAUGGGGAGUGGGAGCCGCCCAUGAUCCCAAACCCGGAAUACAAGGGGGAGUGGAAACCCAAGCAGAUCCCCAACCCCGACUACAAGGGUGUGUGGCUGCACCCCGAGAUCCCCAACCCUGCGUACACAGCCGACGCCAGCGUCUACACCUUCCACAGCAUCGGUGUGCUCGGCCUCGACCUGUGGCAGGUGAAGUCCGGGACCAUCUUUGACAACUUCCUGAUCACAGACGACGUGAAGGAGGCAGAGCAGUUUGGCGAGGAGACCUGGGGGGCCACCAAGGAGCCAGAAAAGAAAAUGAAGGAGGUGGAGGAGGAGAAGAAAAGAAAGGAAGAGGAAGAGAAGAACAAGGAGCAGGACACACAGGCUGGGGAUGAAGAGGAGGAGGAGGAGGGAGAGGAGGAGGAGGAGGAGGAUGGUGGGGCCGCGGCCGACGAUGAAGAGCAGGAUGAGGAGGAUGAAGAGGGGGAGGACAUUCCUAAAAAAGACGAGCUGUGACCCCCCCCAUAUAAAGCUGCUCAGGGAGACUGUGCUGCAUCCUCACCUGCCCCCUCCCUCAUUUUAUAUUUAAUUUAAUUUAAUCUGGUGGGGGAGUUGGGAGAUGGUGACUAUGCAGGAUUUUACUGAUUGAUGUGCCUUGAUUUUCAAGGUUAUUUAUGUGCUCUUGCCUGCCCCCAGAGGCCCUGUGUGGAAGUGCAGUCGUUCACAAUGACCGUGGAUGACACUUUAUCAUCGUCAUCGUUCUCCUUCACCACCAAAAAAUGAAAAGCCUUAAAGCCUGAAAGCAUCGCUUCAGUCGUGAUUUACCUUCUAUGGUAAAGGGGACAUAACAUUUGCUUUUUAUUUUUGUUUUAUGAUCUGUGGCCAAAGUCUUUCUAACUGCUGUUUCUGUAAUUUACUAAGGUGUGCUGACACUGGCUUGUUUUCAGAACCUUAUGUCUUCAUUCACUAGCCCAAAGGCUUUUCUCCGUGAGGGGUUCUACAGGCUUUUACAUCAGUUUAGCGGGGCAGUCUGUGAUUGGUCGGUUAAUACGGCAGAGAUAUUUCCUUCCCUCAGUAUCGCCUGGCUGGCAGCGGCUUUUAGAGCCGAGCUGAACCCGCGGGCCGACGUUUGCAGUCUUGGGGCGGCAGCUGCCUUCCAGGCGCACUGGGGAAGGAAAAUACCGCGGGCAGAAUAAUUGUUCCGUCAUGGUCACGUUUUCCGUAGUGCCUUUCCCGCCAUCAGUCUGCAGUGGGCUGCUAUGAACGUCUUUCAGAACGAUAGGCGGUUGACUUAAUAAUAAACUUUAUUUACUUGGCUCACUGUGUCGAGCUUUAGAUGAUUCUCAUUCCUCAAUAGAUUCAAGUUAUUGCAGCUGUGCUUUUAAGAGCGUAGUUUGUUGCUGAGCCAAAAUUUGACCGAUGAAGCUUUUGUUAAAUCCCUGUUGUCUGUGUGUAUGUAUGUAUGUGUGCGCGCGCGCACGCGUGUGUGUGUUUGGGUGCUUUCAUUAAUUUGGUUGGUUCCAUUUACACAGACAUCGUCUGUCCAGUUAUCAGCCAAACAUGUGUAACCUUGGACAAUUUCUGCUAUCAGGAUCAAAUGUGUUUUUGCAAAGUUUUAUAAAAAAUAUAACAUCUGUCAUGUGUGUUGCAUUUUUGCAUUUCAACCUGCAGUAAAUCCUCAAAUUGUGUCCGGGAUUCUAUUUGAAGCCGGGCCUCGGAUAAUAGCCGGGGGCGUGGCCGAUUCGGACAAAUAAAGGCUGGUCCCCAAAUACAAGCCGGGGUAAUGUUGCCUACCAGUAGGGCUAUCAGUCCAUGAGCACUAGAAGACAUUGUUUCGAUUUAACUCAAUGAAAUAAAAGAGCUCUUCUUAAUAUUUUA